AUGAUAAAUAAAAGCAGUAACGCGAGGACUAGACACUGCGGUUCGAGCAUGUUUAACCAUGUCCCGUUAUCUGCACACAUUAAAUACCCCACCCAACAACUAGUGUUCUUCAAUAUCUACUUCAUACUUGUCGUGACAUGUCUCUCUGCUGAUACAGUUAAUUCUAACACUACAAAUAUGAACAAACAUUUCAAUGAUAAAGGUGUAAAGUACUUCAAUACGAAACAGAACGAUGCUCCCGACGAAAACUAUGAAGAUCGAGACCCCUCACAUGCAGACGUCAAUUUCGAUACUAACCCCUACUACAAUAGUGAAAAUUUUCUACAUUUGAAUACUAAAUUUUACAAUAGUGAAAAUAAUGCGUAUAGUAAUUAUGAAGACUAUAAAAAGUUCUAUCUAAAUCCUUCGCAUCCAGUCCCCAAGUCUAACUUUAAGUUUAAAAUAAGUAGUAGGAUAGUUCAGACUAAAUAUGGAAAAUUACAGGGGAUAGUUUUGGCUAUGGACGAGCACAGAUAUUUGAGUCCGCUUGAGGUUUUUUUGGGCGUACCGUACGCUACACCGCCAGUUGGAUCCAACAGGUUCAGCCCAACACGAACGCCAUCCCCAUGGGACGGAGUGCGUGUAUCCGACAGACCCGGUCCUGCCUGCCCGCAGAAACUACCAGACAUGGAUGAUGAAAGGACCAUAUUAGAGAAAAUGCCUAAAGGCAGACUAGAAUAUAUGAAAAGACUGAUUCCCUAUCUUAAGAAUCAAAGUGAAGAUUGCCUAUAUUUAAACAUAUUUGCUCCAUUGCAAAUGGAUGAAACGAAACUAGCAUUGCCUGUGCUGGUGUACAUCCAUGGUGAGAGCUACUCCUCAAGUUCCAGUCACCCAUACGAUGGAGCUGUACUCGCCAGCUAUACAGACCUCAUCGUCGUGACCUUGAACUUUCGGCUUGGAGUCCUUGGCUUUCUCAACGCAAAUCCGGCGCCGCAUCUAAAAGCAAGGGUUGCAAACUACGGCCUGAUGGAUCAGAUAGCGGCCUUACAUUGGGUGCAGCAGAACAUAGCCCUGUUUGGAGGCGAUCCAACCAACAUAACACUAAUGGGGCACGGUUCAGGGGCUGCUUGCAUCAACUUCCUCAUGAUAUCACCUACUGUUAUGCCCGGUUUAUUCCAUAGAGCGAUCCUUUUAUCCGGGUCAGCACUUAGUUCGUGGGCUAUUGUAGACGACCCAGUGUACUAUUCACUGAAACUAGCGAAACAUAUGAAUUGUAGCAUACCGGAUGACCUCUCGAAAGAUCACGAAGUAAUAGUGGACUGCCUAAGGGAAGCGACAAUAGAAGAGUUACUGUCAGCAGACAUAUCCCCUCCCAACUUUUUAACUGCAUUUGGACCUUCAGUUGAUGGAGUGGUCAUAAAGACGGAUUUUGCAAAAGACUUCCUCACUAUGUAUUCCACUGGAGAUUUCCCAAGUUUUGGGCCCCUAAACAACAUGAAUAUUAACCUAAAUGUUCAUAAGAAAAGAAGUGAUAGCGGCAGGAGAUUGUUUCAAAAUAAAUACGAUUUGUUGUUCGGAGUUGUUACCAGUGAAGCGCUGUGGAAAUUCUCGGCUCAUGAUGUGCAAAAUGGGAUUGAGCCAGAUAAAAGGGAUCGGAUGUUAAGAACAUACGUGAGAAACUCCUACACUUACCACUUGAGCGAGAUAUUCUACACAAUCGUCAACGAGUACACGGAUUGGGAAAGAACGGUAGAGAAUCCAAUCAAUACGAGGGAUGCGACUGUAGCAGCUUUAUCGGAUGCUCAGUACGUGGCCCCUUUGGUUCAAAGUGGAGAUCUUCUUAGUGGAGGGCCAAAGCCGGCUCCGAACGAUGAAGAUGGUCCACGAAGACCUACGAAAACAUUCUUCUACGUGUUUGACUAUCAAACCAAGGACGGUUUUUAUCCUCAGAGAAUGGGAGCAGUCCAUGGCGAGGAGUUGCCUUACGUCCUUGGGGCUCCUCUGGUGGAUGGGUUCGGUCACUUCCCUCAGAACUACACCAAGUCUGAAGUUGCUUUGUCGGAAUCCAUUAUGCUGUUCCUGGCCAAUUUUGUGAAAACUGGAAACCCCAACGACAACGCGCGACAAGAGUCCCUGCUGCCAGCGUCGAGAGAGAGAAAUAAAUUCAGAGGUAUAAAUUGGGAAGAAUACGACUCCACACACCAAAAAUACUUGGAAAUAGGUAUGAAACCUCGCCUCAAGAACCACUACCGAGCACACCAACUUUCCGUUUGGCUUCGCUUAGUUCCUGAACUCCACAGAGCCGGGAUGGAAGACGUAGCCGCACGCCACAAUCUAUUCAAAAACCACAACGAGCAGGAUCUGUACGAAGGCAUCGUCAGACCGGAUCCAUUGGCGAGAAACAUCAACGAUAAUGAUGCAAUCAGACGAACUAACGGUUCAGUGUAUACCGACACAGCCCUAACGACUGUUGAUACGAUACUGGCGACGUGCGCCACAAUACUGCCGGGAAGAGAUCUGCAAACAUUGAACGCUACUGAAAACACUCUGGCUAAUUUAGAAGCGGCCGGCUACGCCGCGUAUUCGACGGCUUUAAGUGUAACAAUAGCAAUAGGGUGCUCCCUACUGAUUUUGAACGUCCUAAUUUUCGCUGGAGUUUAUUAUCAGAGAGAUAAGUCUAGAUCUCGUGGUAAACAGCAGCGGUUUAAUGAAAAACAUUUUGAGACUAUUUCUGGAAAGCAUUCGCAUUAUCACAUGGAUCCAACUCAUGCUCCAAGUUUAGUGGUGGACGUUGAAAGACAAAAUAGGAAGAAGCAUAUGAUGAGUUCAGACCAUAUCGCGAAUUUAAACUUCAAGGGACCGUUGGAUGUUCCCAAGUCUCCACCGAGUCCUACGCUAAGCAUGGACAACAUGAUGUUGCCAAGUAAACUCGGGAGCAGAAGCAACAGUUUUAGAAUACCUAACGUGAGCUACCCGCAGAUGGGUUACGCGACUAUGCCAAAGAAUUUGAGCCAGUUUAAUAACUCACCGCCUUUGCAAGAGUUACGGCAACAGAAAUUCCAGCCUCCGAACGGAUCGACGGCUCAGAACUCCCCGGGGAGGGAGGCGGAGGCGAGGGGGGCACACGCAACCCUGCGAAGAGGGAAGGCCUCCCUUCACUCGAACCUCCCGCAAGCCGCCAUUGACGAAAUGAGAGUGUGA